UUCAAAAAAAACACACACACACACCGUAGCGGGACCCGCAUCUCCUAUUUUCUCCACUUGAAUAAAGCACCGCAAACAUCGGACCCACCAACACCUCUCCCUUCCCAUGUUCCCCCUUUUGUUUGAACUCCCUCCCAAAACCACACACACACAAACACACCCACCUUUUGCUCUUUCUUAAUCACUCAACAACACUGUAGUACUUCACAUCUCCUAUGAUCUGAUUCUCGGUAAUUGAUAUAUAAUAAUAAUAAUAACACAAAAAAGGAAGUUGAGACAAGAUGGCUUCGUACAGAAAUGUAAUAAGGAAGUCAUCAGAUCGUACUUGUUCCCAACCACCUUCCAAUCUCAAACCUUCGUCUUCUUUCAAAUCCAAGUCCACUUCCUCCAAUGUCCGCCGUUCCAGCUCCGGCGAUGAUCACCUCUCUGGUAGAGUUCGUGUAGCUGUGAGAUUGAGACCUCAAAAUGCCGAGGAGUUGGUGGCAGAUGCUGAUUUUGCGGAUUGUGUCGAAUUGCAACCAGAGCUUAAAAGGUUGAAACUUCGAAAGAACAGUUGGGACUCAGAUACUUAUGAAUUUGAUGAAGUGCUCACUGAAUUUGCGUCCCAGAAGAGGGUAUACGAAGUUGUAGCAAAACCUGUCGUGGAGAGCGUUUUAGAUGGUUAUAAUGGGACAGUGAUGGCUUAUGGUCAAACCGGCACUGGAAAGACUUUCACUCUCGGACGAUUGGGGGAUGAAGACACAUCAGCUCGUGGAAUCAUGGUCCGUGCAAUGGAGGAUAUACUAGCUAAUAUAUCUCAGGAUUCUGAUUCUGUAAUAAUCUCGUACUUGCAGAUCUACAUGGAGACAAUUCAAGAUCUUCUGAAUCCAGAAAAUGAUAAUAUUGCAAUAGUUGAAGAUCCAAAAACUGGCGAUGUUUCUGUACCAUCCGCAACUAUGGUAGAUGUUCGAAACCAUAAGGAAUUUAUGGAGUUAUUGCGGCUGGGAGAGGCACAUCGAGUAGCUACUAACACAAAACUCAAUACAGAGUCCUCUCGUAGUCAUGCUAUUCUCAUGGUACAUAUUAAAAGAUCUGUCACUGAGCCUGAAUCUGAGAUUUCAGCUGAAAAUGAUCAUUCCUCUCACACGGGAAAUACUUUUAAACCAUCUAUUAUACGCAAAGGCAAAUUAGUUGUAGUAGAUCUUGCUGGCUCUGAGCGCAUUCAUAAAUCAGGAAGCGAGGGGCACACAUUAGAGGAAGCCAAAUCUAUCAAUCUUUCACUAAGUGCAUUGGGGAAGUGCAUAAAUGCUCUUGCAGAGAACAGCCCUCAUGUACCCGUUAGAGAUUCUAAGCUGACAAGGCUGCUUAAAGAUUCAUUUGGAGGCACUGCAAGAACAUCAUUGGUCAUAACUAUUGGUCCAUCUCCCCGCCAUCGUUCAGAGACUGCAAGUACUAUAUUGUUUGGACAAAGGGCUAUGAAAGUGGAGAACAUGUUAAAAAUUAAAGAGGAAUUCGACUACAGAAGUUUGUGUAGAAGGCUUGAGAUACAGAUUGACAAGCUCAUUGCAGAAAAUGAAAGACAGCAGAAAGCAUUUGAGGAUGAGGUUGAAAGGACAGCAAUAGAAGCACAUAAGCGUGUCUCAGAUGCUGAAAUGAAUUAUGCAGAUGCUUUGGAGAGGGAGAAAAUGAAAUGUCAGAUGGAUUACAUGGAGUCAAUUAAGAAGCUUGAGGAGAAGUGGAUGAGCAAUCAACAUAAGUACGGAAACAAUGGGUUCUCUAAUGGCAACCAUGGUGGAAAGGGCGAUCAAGAUGUUAUAGAGUUACAGAAUAUACUGCAGAAGGAAAUUAGUCUGAGGAAAGAGGCUGAAGAAGAGAUCUACAAUCUUAGGAACUCCCAGCCUUUGUCAACAGAGGCAGGUGUAAAUGCUGAUGUUUUAAAACUUAAAAGAUUACUGGAUGAUGAAACUCGUCAGAAACAGAAGCUAGAACAAGAAGUUCAGCUCUUACAAAGCAGGUUGUCACAACUGACCUUUGAAUCUGGGCAGCCUAGACAUUCACAAUAUGAGGAUCAAAGCAACGGAGAUCGAACAUCAAUUGCCAAUAUUCACGAACAAGUUGGACUGCAAAAGAUAUUAUCAUUGCUAGAGUCAGAAGAUUCUAAUGUACGUUUGCAUGCUGUGAAGGUGGUGGCUAACUUAGCAGCUGAAGAUGCAAAUCAGGAAAGAAUAGUUGAAGCUGGUGGUCUCACAUCACUGUUGGAGCUCCUUCGAAGUCGGAACUUUGACGAAACAAUUUGCAGAAUAGCAGCUGGUGCAAUUGCCAACCUUGCAAUGAAUGAGACUAAUCAGGAGCUUAUAGUGGUUCAAGGCGGGAUCAGUCUUCUAGCAAUGACUGCAGUGGAUGCCGAAGAUCCCCAGACUUUACGCAUGAUUGCUGGAGCAAUUGCGAAUCUAUGUGGAAAUGAUAAACUACAAACCCGGUUGCAGUCUGAAGGAGGAAUUAAGGCUUUACUUGGGAUGGUCAGGUCAAGACAUCCAGAUGUUCUUUCGCAAGUUGCACGUGGAAUUGCAAAUUUCGCAAAAUGCGAAUCACGGGCAUCUAGCAAAGGGACAAGAAAAGGGAGGUCAAUGUUGAUUGAAGAUGGUGCACUUCCAUGGAUAGUUCAAAAUGCAAAUAGUGAAGCAUCAAUUAUCAGGCGGCACAUUGAACUUGCACUUUGUCAUUUAGCACAACAUGAAGUAAAUACAAGAGACAUGGUAAAUGGAGGUGCCCUUUGGGAGCUAGUUCGGAUCUCACGUGACUGUUCACGAGAUGACAUACGCUCUCUUGCUCACCGUACAUUGACUUCUAGUAAAACCUUUUUAUCUGAAUUGCGACGCUUACGUAUAGAGAUAUAGUUUGCAUGAAUAUAGCUUUGUAUUAGUUUAAAUAUGUAUCGUUGUUUGCUAUCUGAUGUUCAUAGUUGCGCUGAAAUUUGGUAAACUGUUUUCCAGUUGUUUCAUCAUUCAGCUAGUUCUUAUUUAGUUUAAUAUAUGGUCUGACGAUUUUAUGAAAAAAUAUAGUAUGUUGUUUUGUCUA